AUGGAGGGGUUAAAGGAAAGUAUCAACAUAUUAAAGGAUGAAGUGGCUAAAUUUAAUAUUUCCGAACACAUUGAACAACUUGGAUCCAUACACCGGGCUGUUUAUUAUGGAGACAUAGUCAAGUUAGAAGAAUUAUUGCGGCGUGGCGAGGAUGGUGAUGAUGAAGAUGGAACCCCCUUCAACUAUACUGCAGCACAUUGGGCAGCGGUGAGAUGUGAUGCUGACAUAUUGGACUUGUUAAAUGAUUUUGGAACUAAUAUGUCAGCUGUUGAAGGAACAGACCUGAGACCACUCCACGUUGCUGCAUUGGCUGGCAAUUCAGCUGCAUUAAUAUGGCUUCUGGAAAAUACUUAUGAUAUAGAAUCAACGGAUAUAUAUGAUCAGACUCCAUUGCAUCAGGCAGCACUCAAUGGAUGUUUACAAGCGGUAAAGAUAUUAGUGGAAUAUGGGGCAUCAAUGGAAGCAACUGAUGAAUAUGGAAUGACACCUGUAUGCCUUGCAGCAGCUCGAGGAUUUAGCCAUAUAGUGCAUUUCCUUCUUCAAGAAGGAGCGAAUCCAGCUGUCCGAGAUAUUGAUGGUAAAACAUUACUUCAUGCUUCAUCGGCAGUUGAUGAUGUUGCAACUAUAGUUUGUUUACUGAAAACAGGAAUUUAUGUCAAUGCAAAGGAUAAUAUGAAUAGUACUCCUCUACAUGAUGCUGCAAAGAAUGAUUGUUGUAAAGCAAUUAGACUUCUCCUGCAAUCUGGUGCUGAUAAAAUAGUCAGGGAUAUUGAUGGUUGUACCCCCUUUGACAGAGCAAAGGAAGCUGGCCACAAAAAGAGUAUUACACUUUUGAUGGAUAAAGAGGAGGGUGAAACUGUACUUUUAAAAGAUUAUGUUGAAGAAACAGAGUGCAAUGAUAUGCAAAUUGAUUCCACUACAAGUUUUGUGGAACCAGACUCAAACUUCAGUGACAUAGUUACGGAAAAUAGUUUACUCAUUGAUUCGACAACAACUUAUGUGGACUUAAGCGAUAGACAGAUGGAAAAUAGUGAUGUUCAUACAACAGAUAAACAUAAUGAUGCAGAGAGUAAUAAUGUUAUGGACAGGGAAAAUUUCACUGUAAGUUGUAAUUAUAACAAUGCUUGUGAUUACGGAGAUGAUAAAUUAAAUUCAAUAUGUUGUGACGAUUCAGUAGAUGAAGAGGAGCCUAAACUCCAACUUGAUUUUUCCGCUUUAACACCCGAUGAUAUUAAUAAAAUAAUAUUUUAA